AUGGCGCCCACCGGAAAGCGGAGGCCUCAUCUCUCAUACUCCUCCCAUCCAGAGACUGUCGAAUUUAUAGUCGGCAAGGAUGAGUGCGUCUUCACGGUCACCAGAUCCCUCCUAGCCCGCUACUGCGACGAGUUCCGGACGGCCAUGACAAACGGCCUACACAUGAAAGAGCAGAUCCGGCUCCCUGAGCUCUCGAGCGACGUCUUCCGCAUCUUCCUGCGCUGGCUGCACGCCCAGGACACCCCCGGGGUCACAAUCGACAUCUUCUGGUCAUAUGGCGAAGCCGAAUGGCAGGACAGGAAUUGGAUUGACGCCUAUCUGGUCAAGCUCUACGUCUUCGCGUGGAACUUUGGUGUCCCGCGGUUCUGCAGAGCCGUGCUCGACGUCUUCUACACUCGAUAUAUCACCACGCACCGCGCGCUGCCGUAUUCGACAAUGCUGGUGGCCUUCGAUCACCUGCCGAGUCACGCACCACUGUGCUUUCUGCUCGUCGACAUCCAUUGCAAGCGUUGGGUUCCUAGGGAGGAUGAGGAUGGAAAGACGAUGGAGGAGGAGCUGUACUGGAUGGACUAUAUGGGUGUUAAGGGGAUCGACAGGCCACUGAACUUGUGCCACUACCAUAGCCACCCUGAUGAGAGAGUGGAGGCGAUUUGCAAGACCAAGUACGGGAUCAGCGAUAUCAAGAAUGCGGAAGAACCGGAGGAGGCGGGAGUGGAUAUACUGAGGAACUGGACUGGCAAGCCUGCGAAUUUCAGCCGGCCCGGCCGUGGCGUUGAGAUUCCUAUGGUUCUCUAG